AUGAAAAAAAGCCAAGUGAUAAGGCCUAACUCCAAUUACAAAAAUGAAAUUAAGAAUAAUCAAAUCUACAUACCAAAGGUCUAAAGCAUGAUAAAUUCUGAAAAGAUAAUGUAAAAUUUACUUAGGACGCCUUCUAAUAAUCCAUUACAAAAAAAUCAAUCUAACUAAAUUUUGAGUCCUACUAAAAAUAACUUUAUAUAAAGUCCUAUUAAGAAUUAAAAGAAUGGUUAACAAUUGAAUCACUCUAAUAGUUAAAUUAAUUAUGUCAUAAUGAAUUCAAAUAGGUAUCACAAUCCUUCACUAAAAUCAUAUUUAUCAAGUAGUUUUUAAAAGAUGCCAACUAAAAGUGGGUAAAAAGGAAAUUAAAUUAUAACAAAAGUGAUGAAUUUAUCAUCAAUCACUAAAUAUGAUUAAAAUUCUAUCCCAUUACAUAAACUAAUUUCUAAAUUAAAAAAUUAGAGUAAAGAAAAAAGAUCUAUAUCAUAAUUGCCUACAAUGUCAACAGAGAGAAUAAUUUAAGAAUCAGAGAAUUAACAACAAAAAAGGAAAAAAUCAGUUCGAUUUCAUGAUAAAGUAGAGUAUCUUAUUAUAGAAUGUUCAUAAGGAAAAGAAGAAUAUAAAUAUAAAUUCUUUGAGCCACUUGAUCAGGAGACUAUAAGCAUGUGA